AUGCGGGCCUUCAUAGCCACUCAUCACCUGUUCGUCGACGCGUCACUGGAAGGUUGGGGAGCCCAUCUAAGCAACCAGACUACUUCAGGGCUGUGGUCUCCCGGCGAACUCGGACUCCACAUCAACCUGCUAGAGUUGUUGGCAGUCUACUACGCUAUCCUUCGUUGGCAACAGAUGUUGACGGAAGCCUCUCUCAUGGUGGCCACAGACAGUACUACCGCGGCAGCUUACAUCAGUCUUCCUUUGACAACCACUACCAUAACAACCAGGCCUAUGUCAAUUGUAUCAGGCGUCAUCACUGUGUUACAGUGUUCAACAAACCCAUGCUACCCAAAUGCCACAAUGAUAUGGAGUCAGAAUAACAACAAUAUAACAACUGGAGUCACCACGAACACAGAGUAUAUAGCUGACAGUGGAGUGAUCACUAGAAGUAACCUCACCAGAUCUUACACAUGGGCGGAUCAUGGACAGCAGAUCGUCUGUGCAGCCACCAGUGAUGGAACUACGAAAUCAUCACCACCCUUACAGCUGGUAAUAUGGGUACAAGUCACCAUGGUUACCUUCCUAAACACCAGCUCACAGAAUGAGAAGAUAGGAACCAGUGAAGGAUCCAUCACACUGAUCUGUGUCAUAUCACCUAGCAACCCAGCUCCUUCUGUUUCCUGGUACAAGAAUGGACAACAGAUAAACAGUGGUGUUACUAACACACAUGGGCAGAAAACAGAUGGUCUGACUGUUACCACCAGUUCCUUGUCUCUAACAGUCUCCAGAUCAGAUGAUGGCCAUGCUGUGUACUGCACGGCAGGGAUUCCGGGACAGACAACUCCUGUAACAUCCAACACUGGGAUACUUGAUGUGGGGU